UUUAAUAAUGAUUAUAGUUUUAUUAACUAAAAAUUGAUUAAAGUUGACAUUUCAAAGCUGCUUUAAAAAUGUUGAUAAAUGAACUUCCAGAUGAUUGCUUGUUGGCUAUUUUUGAUGCCAUACAAGAUUUAACGGAUUUAAUAAACUGCUACAAAGUUUGCGAAAAAUGGUGUAAUGUAAUUGUUGGUCGGACAAGAAGAGUCAAAUAUUUGACUGAUCAACCGCUUGAUUAUUUUUGGAAUUUCGUGCAGGAACCCGUUGAUGGGUUUGGGCCCAAAACAGCCAAAGUCAAAACAGCCAAGUCCAUAACAGCCAAGUCCAAAACGGCCAAAGUCAAAACAGCCAAAUACAAAGCUGCUUAAAUCAAAUAAAACUACUUAAAUGAUCAGAUCUAUUAGGGGUAUCAAAAAGUACUUUUGUUUUUUUACCACUGACUUUUGCUUCAAUUUUGAAUAAGUUUGACUUAAUCAAUAGACUCAAUAAUUUUGCGGACACAAGAGCAUCGAUAUAGGUGUAUGUAGACCAUUUUUUGGCUCAAUCCGAGUUAAUUAAGUUUAAUUAAUUAGCUUAUCAAUAUCCAUAGGCAGGUUUUUUUGGACUUUUUUGCAAUUUGAAUUGAUAUGAUUUAAGCAGCUUUGUAUUUGGCUGUUUUGACUUUGGCCAUUUUGGACUUUGCUGGUUUGGACUUGGCUGUUUUGACUUUGGCUGUUUUGGGCCUUUACCCGUUGAUGUAACCUCUUUCAGUGAAUUGUUUCCAAAUUUAAGGAUUGCUGAAUUUUCAUAUCUACACGAUGCAAGAGCAUCAAUCGAAGGCACUGCCAAGCUAAUCAGACGCUUAGAAUCUUUGAAAGGAAUAAUUUAUGAUGGUCGUUUGAAUUUCGAAUUGAAACCGGAACACGCUAACCUCGAAAUGUUAUCUGCCAGUUAUACUCCUUUAUACAUAAACGGACUCUAUGAAAAUGUGAAACAAUUGCACCUUUUUCGCUCUAAUCAAACUCAACUCGAAUGCUUGGUACAUUUUCCAAAUCUUGAAAGAUUACAUCUUUCUAUUAUUAAUAGUUCAGAAGACACACCAAAGUACCCAGUAUUGGCAAAUCUUAAAAUAGUUGAAAUAAAUUUGUAUCCGGAUAGUUGGUUCAACCCUUGGUGUUCAUUUAGAUUCAUGGAUUCGUGCCCAGCAUUACAGAGUGCUCAUAUCAGAAUUGAAUAUUGUCAAAUACACUUCAAUGAUUCAAUAAAACAUGCAAACAUACAAGAUUUGGUUAUACAAUUUUUAGAACCAAUCGAAUGGAACUCACUACGGGGAUUAAUAUCAAAAUGUCCAAAUCUAAGGCAUUUGGCUUUACGAAAUAUCUUUUUCAAAGAUGAACACAUCAAACAAUUAAUAGUAAUUUUGCCCGAACUGACUCUACUUGAUAUUCGUGAAUCUUUUGGAGUCACUCAAGAAGCUGCUAAUCAUGUUCGGAACUAUUGUAAGCGUUAUGGCCGAUCAAUCAAGUUUUAUUUCAAAGCCGACGACAGACAAAUUGAAUCUGAUUGGCCACAGCUAUUGUAUCGACCAGAUAAAAUUUGUCGUGGAUUUGAUUUCAUGGAAAAUUGUUUUUUCAAAAGUUUCGAUGAUUUGCCUAAUCUUUUGGAUCCAAUAGAUGAUCAAUAAAAUGAAAAAAACUGCCAAUCCUUUGCAAUUUUUCUGCUUUUCAACUAUGAGGUCUAGGAUAUUUAAAGAAA